UCGUGGGACCGCCCCACUCUCCCACAGAUAUAAAUAGGAGCCGGAUUUUUUUUACUCCACUCAGUUCUCCUGAAGGAUGAGAUCCCUGAAACACCUCAAAACAUCACACCAGGAACAAUGUGGAGGAGGAGAGUGGCCGUCUGGUGCGGUGCUACCCCAAGGUGGUGGAGGGCCAGGUGGAUGCAGGGACACAGACAGAACCCGUGGUGGUGCUGUCACUGGCCCAGGCUGCUGUCCUGGGCCUUAUCUCCCAGAAUGAGAUCUUUGGCGCCACCAUCGCCCCCAAUGGCUUCUACAUGGGCGAGCCCAGGGAGUAUGGCAGGACCCCUCCUACUCCAGAGGGCAUGGAGUAUGAGUACGCUGACCAGCUGAUUGGGGCCAACGGGGACUACCUGGCUGAGCCUGUAGGGGAGUCGGAGCACCACAGCAGUGAGAGGAGGCGCCCCGGGCCCAGAGGGAGGACCAGGAGACCCAGGAGUGAAGGAGGAGCGCCAGGGGAGCCCCCUCAUAGAGUCCCCAACAUACAGACUCAGGUCAAAGGGGAGCGGGGAGAGUCUGACACCCCUCCGUCCUGCAUCCACAUGGUGAAGAGCCGUAGCAGCCCAGGCAAGACAGAUGAGCCAGCCACUCACAGAGGGCCUCUGAAGGAGGAGCAGAGCUGUGGUAACUGUGCUGUGUGUGUGAGAGAGACGUCCAGUCAGACCCAGACAGACGCACGGCCAGAGCAGGGGCCAGAGGAGAGGAGGGAGGGAGGAGGAGAGGGACAAGGAGAGGAGGUAGCUGAGGAGGAAGAAGGAGUGUUGAACCUCAAGACUGGAGGAGACAGGGGAGACAGUCCCAGUCCCGUCAUGAACCGCUACUUUGAGUCCAGCGAGGUGGCCUAUGAGUCUGCUGACAUGGCCGUGGGGGACUAUGACGAGAGCAGCCAGGGCAUGUUGUGGGCUGCAGACGCUGAGGGAAUAGCCAGGCGCAUGCAGAUCGACCGGCUGGACGUCAACGUCCAGAUAGAUGAGUCCUACUGCGUGGAUGUGGGAGAGGGCCUGAAGAGAUGGAAGUGCCGCAUGUGUGAGAAGUCUUAUACCUCCAAGUACAACCUGGUCACCCACAUCCUGGGCCACAACGGCAUUAAGCCCCAUGAGUGUCUGCACUGCGGAAAGCUGUUCAAGCAGCCCAGCCACCUCCAGACCCACCUGCUCACCCACCAGGGCACCCGGCCACACAAGUGCACCGUGUGUAAGAAGGCCUUCACCCAGACCAGCCACCUGAAGAGGCACAUGCUGCAGCACUCGGACGUCAAGCCUUACAGCUGCCGCUUCUGUGGCCGAGGCUUCGCCUACCCCAGCGAGCUCCGGUCCCACGAGAACAAACACGAGAACGGCCACUGCCAUGUGUGUUCCCAGUGCGCCAUGGAGUUCCCCACCCACGCCUACCUGAAGCGCCACCAGACCAGUCACCAGGGCCCCACCACCUACCAGUGCACUGAGUGCAACAAGUCCUUUGCCUACCGCAGCCAGCUUCAGAACCACCUCAUGAAGCACCAGAACGUAAGGCCCUACGUCUGCCCAGAGUGUGGAAUGGAGUUUGUCCAGAUCCAUCACCUCAAGCAGCAUUCCCUCACUCACAAGGUACUGACACCACAGGCCCUCGCCGACCAGAGUAUGAAGGAAUUCAAAUGUGAGGUGUGUGCCCGGGAGUUCACCCUCUCUGCUAACCUCAAGAGACACAUGCUGAUCCACGCCAGCAUCAGGCCCUUCCAGUGUCACGUCUGCUUCAAGACCUUUGUCCAGAAACAGACCCUCAAAACACACAUGAUCGUCCACCUGCCUGUCAAGCCUUUCAAAUGCAAGGUGUGUGGCAAAUCUUUCAACAGAAUGUACAACCUCCUGGGCCACAUGCACCUCCACGCUGGCAGCAAGCCCUUCAAGUGUCCUUACUGCUCCAGCAAGUUCAACCUGAAGGGCAAUCUGAGCCGACACAUGAAGGUCAAACACGGCAUCCUGGACGCUUCACCAGACGGACAAGCCCCCCCUGACAUAGAGAACCAGGAGGACUAUGACGAAGACAACUUUGAAUUCAGCGAACGAGAGAACCUGGCCAGUAACAACACACCAGACAUCGCUAAACUGUCUGAAUUGGAGUAUUAUAGCAGCUACACCAAGGGUGCAGGGCGCUACAAAACUGCAUGAAUGAUUAAAAGACCCCAUAUUGAGUAGAAAUGUAAACUAAUAAAGGAAGUUAGUGCCACUAGCAGCUGA